UAGCAUUGAGAACAUGAGGAGUAAAUGUGCACCCAAGAAAAAUAAUCCAUUUAAUGCACCUACAAUCGGUGCUGAUGCAAACCGGAUGAGCGAUACCUCACUGAAAGACAAUGAGAAGACGAGCCAUGGUGAAACAAUGCUACCUCAUCUGGAUCCUCAACACAGGAAGGAAGAAUUAACUGUUGCCCUUGCGGUCAUUAAGAAGGUUAUGAGUAUGGAAGUGGCUGAACCAUUCAAUGUUCCUGUGAAUCCUAUCAUGCUGGGAAUAACUGAUUAUUUUGAUGUCAUUGAUAAACCGAUGGAUUUUGGAACAAUACGCCGCAAUCUCGAAAAUGGUGUUAAGUAUAUGAAUGCUGAUGAUGUAUUCAGUGAUGUACAAUACAUUUGGGAGAACUGUUAUAAAUACAACAAACCAGGUGAUCCCUUUCUGGAGCUUGUGAAGCAGGUGAAGGAGACGUUCAUAAUGUUUUGGAAUGCAGUAGGGUUGUACAGCACUGAACCAAGAAUGGCUCCUGAACACACACCAUCACUGCCUCCUAAGGACACUCCCAAGAGACGUUCUCCUAGGUUCUCAGAGGGUCCAAUGGCCAGAAGCCCACAGGAUCAUUCAAGCCACAGCCAGCCCCACACCCACCUGUCCCAUAAGAGAUUAAAGUCAGCACAACCAAGCUCCAGUCAGCCACAUCAACUCCAGCAAAGUUCCAAGGAAACUCAACCGAGAUCAAGCUCGCCCAGCAGGCAAAAACAAACUAAAGGUCAAGGUUCAUCCUCUAGCCGAAAGAGGACACGUGGACCCACAUGCUACAUUGGGUUGCUUAGAUUGAGGCCAGGGGAGAGGAUUACCCCUCAAUGGAGUGAGGAUGGGGAACUAGUUCAACAAGAGAAAGGGAAAAAACUCACUAGCUAUUUGGGGACACUUGUGCGUUGUCAACGUAAUGCACCUCUCCAAGUUAAAGAUUGGUCCCAAGUACCUGAUGAAGCUAAAGAGAAGCUCUGGGGUCUUGUCUUGGAGAAGUUUGAUAUUGAUGAUGAACAUAAGGAUUAUGUAAUGAGUUCCAUGGGAAGUAAAUACAGGAGCUACAGAUAUAAAAUGAAGGCAAAGUACUAUGAUCCUUACAGCACAGAUGAGGAGAGGUUGUCCAACUGUCCUCCAGAUGUGUCUCAGGAUGAUUGGAGGUGGCUCGUUCAUUAUUGGGGAACACCAGAAGUACAGGCUGUAUCAGAGAGAAACAAGGCAAAUAGAUCAAAACAUGUUAUCAGACAUACUUCAGGUUCGAAGAGUCAUGCACAAAUACGAUAUGAACAGACUCAGAUGAGGAAGGAUGGAAAGGCACCUAAUCAAAUAGAGAUGUUUGUCUUAACUCAUACACGGAAGGAUGGGACACCGGUUGAUAAUGAAUCAAGAGGCAUUAUGACCCAGUUCGAGGAACUAUCAGCUCAACAGGCCGGGAGAUCACCAGCACCUGUAGAUGCACUAUAUGCCCAGGUGAUGGGUAGGCAUGGUCAUGUGCGGGGGUUUGGAUUAGGUCGGACUCGAUCCAGGGCAUCAGUGGGGGCUCUUGUGAAAGAAUUUGCUUAUGUGAAAGAACAACUUGCAUCUGUAAAUCAACAACUUGAAAAACAAAGGAAGGAAUUAGAGGAGAUGGCUUUACAAAAACAACAGAUGCAGGAAGAGAUGCAAGAAUGGAUGGAAGAACAACUGAUGAAGAUGAAAGAUGAAAUGGCACAGCAAUUGCAACAGCAUAUGCAGCAGUUUCAACAAAGGUUGAGGUUGAUGAAAAUCCAGCUGAAGCCAAAAGAAUGAACAAGAUGAGGAAGUUUGAGGUACUUUCCCCUGCUUGUCUGAUUGUGCCUUCUGUUAUAUCAAGCACAUGUUUGGUAUCUUUUUGCCUAGAAUUAUACUGUAUAUCAUGGUGAAUUUGCUCUUAUGCUAUUGUCAUAGAAGAAGCCCAAAAAGACGACAAUGUCUAUGGUAGACUUGGUUCAUUAGUUGGGUUAUAAAG